ACGCAGUGUAUGAAUCACGUUCUCUUUGGAAUCAUUGCACAGCCACAGAGACACUUUUCGUCCGAAAGUUAACUCUACUUUUCUCACCCACACACUUUCUCUAUUUCUCUCUCUCAUCUAUCACUACUUUUGUGAAAACAAAUAAAUAGUUAAAUAAAAAACACCAGAUUUCCCAUCCAGCCUUGAGAAUGAAACGCAUCGACCAACAAACCUAUUUUCUGUGGACCGGCUUCAUCUUCUGCAAAUUCACGUUAUAUUUCUGCAUCCUUAGUCUGGGACUAAGGACAGCAAAUGCAGACUCGGGUGUGUUCCUGAUCUUCAGUGAUGAGCUGCAGGGCUGCCUGGAGACGAUGGGCACAGCGCUGCGGCUGUCCCGCUCCUGUAACGAGUCAAACCCGGCGCAGCAGUGGAUCUGGGUGUCGCGGAGACGCCUCUUUAAUCUGGGCUCCACAAAAUGCCUGGGUCUCUCAGGCACCAACACCAGCAGCCCCGAGCUGAGCAUGUACAAAUGCGACCGUGAGUACUAUAUGGUCUGGAACUGCAACUCCCUGGGAGAGAAGAUAAGCCAACACAUCUCCCCUGGCAACACCUCACUCAGCCCCUCGGACAGAAUAGACCAAGCCCGCGACAGCCAAUGGAGGGUUUACAGGACCAACCAGGACCUGUGCUCCAAGCCUUACCAUGAGAUCUACACCAUCCAAGGAAACUCCCAUGGCAAGCCGUGCACCAUCCCCUUCAAGUAUGACAAUCAGUGGUUCCACGAGUGUACCAGCACGGGCCGAGAGGACGGCCAUCUCUGGUGUGCUACCACUGUAGACUAUGGCAAGGACGAGCGCUGGGGCUUCUGUCCAGUCAAGAGCCCCGGCUGUGAGACAUUCUGGGAUAAGGAUCCGAUGACCAACAGCUGCUACCAGUUCAAUUUCCAAUCAACAUUGUCGUGGAGCGAGGCGAGGGUCAGCUGUCAACAGCAGGGGGCUGACCUGCUGAGCAUUAAUGAGAUCCACGAGCAGACCUACAUUAAUGGCUUGCUGACUGGGUACAGCUCCUCCUUGUGGAUUGGCCUCAAUGACCUGGACAUCAACGGCGGUUGGCAGUGGUCAGAUGCUUCUCCUCUCAAAUAUCUCAAUUGGGAGGCAGACCAGCCGGAUAACUCUGAGGAGGAGAGCUGUGGCGUUAUCCGGACCGAGACUUCCGGUCGCUGGCAGAACAAAAACUGUGACAUGGCAUUGCCCUACGUUUGUAAGAAGAAACCCAAAACGGCCCCGAACAGUACUACAGAGACUUACCGGAGGAUGGAGUGUGAUGGAUCUUGGCAGCAGUUCCAGUCCAGCUGUUAUCUUUGCAAUAAUGAGAAGAUGAGCUGGCAGGAGGCCCGCCAAGCCUGUCACAAGAUGGAGGCUGACCUUGUGAGCAUCCACACCCUGCUAGAGCUCGAGUUUGUCGUGAAGUCCAUGAAGCGCGAUGUGGAUGAGCUGUGGAUCGGUCUGAACGACGGCAAACAGCAGAUGAACUUCGAGUGGUCUGAUGGCAGCCAAGUUCACUUCACCUUUUGGCACCCCUUCGAGCCCAACAACUUCGGCAACAACAGGGAGGACUGUGUGACCAUCUGGGGGCCUGAGGGCCGCUGGAAUGACAGCCCCUGUAACAUGACGCUGCCAUCCAUCUGCAAGAAAGAGGGCCGACAGACCGACAAGAAGGAAGAGGACCACGAAUGCAAGAAGGGUUGGAAGUGGCACAGUCCGUCUUGCUAUUGGUUAGGAGAGGAGCUCCUGUCCUUUGAGGAAGCGCGGAAGACAUGUUCUAUCAAAGAGUCGAACCUUGUCACCAUCACCAACAGGUUCGAGCAGGCCUUUGUCAGCAGUCUGGUCUACCGCCGGACAAACGAUUUAAUCUGGACCGCACUCCAUGACCAGAACGGAACCGGCUCGUUCCGCUGGCUCAGUGGCGAUGAGGUUAUGUACACCAACUGGAACCGGGACCAGCCAGGAUACAGCAAAGGUGGCUGUGUGGUCCUGGCAACAGGCAGCUCCACAGGUCUGUGGGAGGUGAAGGACUGUAAAAGCAGAGCCAAGUACAUCUGCAGACAAAACCAGGACACUUCGGUGAGCCCAGAGCUCCCUGUGCCCGUGCCCACCCCGAGUCUAACCGGGACCUGCCCAAGAGGCUGGAGCACUUCCAGCUCCCUGCACCACUGCUACAAGGUGUUCCACUACGUGGGGGUCCAGGACAAGCUGAGCUGGCUCCAGGCCCACCUGUUCUGCCGAGAGCAGGGCGCUCAGCUCCUCAGCAUUGCCAGCUUCGAAGAGGAGCAGUUUGUUAGCCAGAUUCUGCAUGAACUCUUUGGGGAGUCAGACGACCACGAACAGCACUGGUUCUGGAUCGGACUAAAUCGGAAAAACCCAUUGGACAACUGGAGCUGGAAGUGGAGCGAUGGCCUGGGGUACUCCUAUCAUAACUUUGGCCGCUAUCACCACGAGGAUGAUUUCCGACAGUGCGCGGUGGCAGACUUGGGCACCAUGCAGUGGCUGGCAAUGCAGUGCGAGUCUGAGCUCGACUGGAUCUGCAAGAUCCCCAAGGGGACUGACGUGAAAGAGCCAGAAAUUAAUGAGGAAAAUGGCUCAAAGGAGUGGAUGCGUUUCCAGGAUGUGGAGUACAAGUUCUUUGACCACCACUCUACCUGGAUGCAGGCCCAGCGCAUCUGCACCUGGUUUGGCGGGUAUCUCGCCUCCAUCCACAGCCAGGAAGAGCUUGACUUUCUUGGGAAGGCCCUACUCAAGCGACCCAAAGCUCAAAACCAGCACUGGUGGAUUGGGAUGCACACCUAUGAAAAUGAUGGCCGCUUCAGGUGGUCUGACCGGUCUAUUCUGAACUUUGUGUCCUGGGCACAAGAAAAGCCUCGUCCUGUCUCCAGAGAGAAGAAGUGUGUGUACAUGAUGCCCAAAAGUGAGGAAUGGGGUGACCAAAAGUGCUUCACUGAUUUACCGUACAUUUGCAAACGGACCAACACAAGCAGCCACAUCAGCCCCCUGCCUCCAGCACCGACGCCUGCCCCUGGGGGCUGCCCAAAGGGCUGGCUUCCGUUCAUCAAUAAGUGUUUCAAGAUCUAUGGGUGGAAUGGGAAUGAUAGAGCCACAUGGCCGGCAGCAAAGGGAGCAUGUGAGCGACAGGAAAGUGCACUGGCCACCAUCUCCAACCACCUGGAGCAAGCUUUUAUCACAACCCUGCUUCCGAACGUGACCUUCGACUUGUGGAUCGGCCUUCAGGAUUCCAAACAGGAUUUCCAGUGGACCGAGGAGCCUUUGAAAUACGUCAACUGGGCCCCUGGCAAACCUUCAGGACACCGGGACAACGUGAGCACAAAAACAACUGCUAUGAAUUGUGCUGUGAUUUGGCACGGAGCCCCACCACACUACACAGGCCACUGGGACGACAGGAACUGUGCACAGGAAAAAAAUGGCUUCAUCUGCCAGAAAUAUAAAAAUCAGUAUAUCAUCCCAGCCUCUGUGGAUGCCUUCCCCCCACCCCCCAGCUCCCCCCUGCAUUACCGCAAUCACACGUACCGCAUCGUGAAGAAGCCGCUGAGCUGGGAAGAGGCUGUGCUGUUGUGUGAGUCUCGCAACUCCUCGCUGGCCAGCAUCCAUGAUCCAUACCAGCAGGCCUACCUCACCCAGCUCAUCAAUGGCCUGGACAAGCCGCUGUGGAUCGGGCUUUACAAGGACAGGGGUUGGAGCUUCUCGUGGCUGGGGGAGAAUACGGUGACCUACAGCAGCUGGCAGGAUGGCGAGCCGACCAGGACCUCUGGUUGCGGCUACAUGGGUGUGGAUGGGCUGUGGAACACAAUCUCCUGCGAAACCAAGCUGCAGGGCGCCAUCUGUCUGAUAAACACAGAGCCAGCCAAGUCCCACAAGUGGAGUUACUCUGGAGACUGCCCACAUUCCCUGAAGGACUCCAGCUGGGUCCCGUUCCGAGAUUCGUGCUACUCCUUUCAUCUGGAGUCCCGUACCACCCCCACGGAGGCAGCCAAGAAGUGCCGAGGAGUGGGAGCCACGGUCCUGUCCAUCGUGGAUGAAACUGAGAACGUGUUUGUGUGGGAGCAUAUCCAGGACUACGAGUGGCAGUCCAGCGGGGCCUGGCUGGGGAUGACCUUUAACCCCAAAGUGGGCAGCCUGGUGUGGCCGGACAGCUCUGUGGUAGAGUACUCAAACUGGGGCCAGCAGGACUCCCACCAUAGCAUGCUGAGCCCGAACACCUGCUUCUGGGUCCAGAGCAACAACGGGGUCUGGGGGCUGGGCUCUUGCACCAACGUCACACGAGGCAUCAUCUGCAAGAUGCCACGAGUUAUAGAUACCAGCUAUUCUAAAUCCUCGGUCCAGGACAAUACCACAGUGAUUGUUGUGGUAGUCAUGGCAAUGGUGGCACUGUGCUUGUUCAUGGCAGCCAUCAUCUACCUAUACCGGAAGAGAGCAGGCGGAGGCCGUGGGGCCUUCGAGAGCGCUCGCUACAGCCGCACCACAUCCACCCCCACCGAGGCAACCGAGAAGAACAUCCUGGUGUCUGACAUGGAGAUGAACGAGCAGCCCGAGUAACCGUGGAGGCAGAUAGACAGGCAAACUGACCAAACACACCUACACCAGAGCCAGCACAGAGAAACAGCACAGGGGAGAGUACCAGAACACUGGGGGGAACAAUCUAAAGAGAUGCAGCUGCAAGUAUGGGCAAGAAGCAACUAUUUUUUUUUUUUUUUUUUUGUUUGUUUUGUUUUAGUUUUUCUUUUCAUGUAGCAAAUAUUGCGGUACGACAAGUUACAGCUGUGCUUUUUGGUAAAUCUUUUACUGUUACAGUAUGCAUUGGUCAUGUCCGACCAAUUUGAAAUGUAAAUAUAGUCGGACAUUGCCAAAUUACCUGUGGAAUGAGAAACGUUGCCAAAGGUCUUUUCAACAGAAAUGACAUUUCUCACAAAUUUAGAAGUCGAAAGAUAACUGCCAGAAAAAAGGUGAUGAAAUGGGUAAUUUUACUGUAACUUGAAAAGAGCCUGUUCCCCAGAACUGUUCAUGGAUAAUUAUCCCACCUUUUUAAUUGUUAUUUUAUAUCCUUGGUUCUAAUGGAAGGGAUGUAUGUCUUUUAUAACCCCCUGCUGGUGCAAGUAGGAGUGUGGCAGCUUUACAAGCAGGUUUUAUGGAAGAAAUUAAUAUUGUAUCUACAUUAGAGUGCACAGAAGAAUAUAAUAAAUAUGGAAUUAUUUUAGUCGAAAGAUCUUGCCUUUCCCUGUGCUUCAAUCUUCUCUGUGAAUAAAGUGACGACUAAAUUCAUCAGACACAUAACGUCACACACUGGAAGCAAUACACAAUCUUUCAUGUUUUGGAAAACGUGCCACCAACUGGAUUUAUACCACAUUACAGCUUAACCUGUAAACUGAAUUGUUCUGCUGAAAUCGGUUCUAGUCUUGGAGGUGAACACUACCAGACGCCAGUGAUCAAUGAUCCACUCUCCCUUAAAGUUCAGUAGACUAACUGAAUUAUAAAAGUUGACAGGAGUUGAAAACAUAAACCCACACUAACAAAACCAUAAUAACAAGUCCUACUUUGAUUUUAAAUUAAAUCAACUAUAAACAAAUAAUUUCUGUUCCCAUGUGCACCUGUGCUGGCUCUUGACUCUUGAAUGAAAAUAUCGUUGGUAGAAAUAACCAAAUAGAAAACUUUGUUUUUAAAACUUUUUUUUUUUUUUUUGCUUAGACCAUGGGGAAACAAUUAAAUGGCUUUUUUGCUAUAUUGUAUAAAUUGCAUGCAAAAUAGUGUACCAUUUUUAUACAUGCAAGUACUAUUUUAGUUGUUGUUAGUUUGCUUUUAUACUUUUCAGUUCCUAAUGAAAUUGUAGAUAGUUUGAAAGGUGUAGAAGAUGAAGGACAAUGUCUGCACAAUCACAUUGUGUUCUUGAACAGUGCAAUAAGGAAAUGAAAUACAGCCGAUUGGGCCUCCGAACACUAUGUUACAAUAAUAGAGAAAUAGCUUCACAAACACUGUGUUUUCAAUUAUUCCUAAUCCAGGUGUCCCAAAUAGAUAUUCUGAAUAAUCAAUUAAGAGCCCAUUAUUAUUCAAUGUAUACAAGUGGAACAGACAGUGUUGUGUGAUGCACUGGCCGUUAUGGAUUCUGACCCCUGUUGGCUAGAGGAGGUUACAAACUCUAUAACCACCAAUGCAACCUGGCCACCUCCCCAGUUAAAUAUUCAGACAGAAGUAUUCAAAACUAAUUUUGGGCUUGUGUUUAGAGCCUAGAGCAGGCAUUCAGAAUAAUGUGUUUUUAUGUUUGGAAUAAUGAUAAUUUGAAUACUGCUCCUUGCCUGUGACAUUUUUCAAGUGGAAUAUUGAUUCUGAAUACCAAGUACUAUGCAUGCAUGUAGUGUUAUGCUGUGUAAGGCAGGUUCAUAUACCCUGUCAUUGCCAAAGCAGUGAGUAUCGAUCUGAUCACCCACAGUCUGAAGUUGCAGGGACAGACAACCAGAUCUACUAAGCUUUUGCAUAAUUGUGUUUAUAAAAUGAAAAAUCACAUGUAUUCCAAUGAUAAUGCAUUUAUACAGACAUUAUGUGCCAUUUUUUAUGGCAGGAAUAAAGGUGGUCGGAAUUGCUUACACUAUUAAGUGAAUCUGUUUACUGUUAGCAUACAGCUGGUCAGUUGCGUGUUAACAGCUCUGCCCUGUGAUGAGCACCAAUGGUUCGAACAGUGUUGUUUGUGGUAGUUAUCCAAACUGAGCCCUGAAUGACAUCAGAAUAUUACACAGAGCCCUUACACUGAACAGGAUUGGUUUUAAAAACUGUAGCCAAAGAAAACACAGUAGAGUCCUAGCAUCAUGCUGAAAUGCAAGAGUGGGAGCAAAAAAAAAAAAAGGCAAUAGUAGGGAACUUCAAGUAAGGGUUCUAAACUGAAAUACAGUGUAUAUGUAGGGGAGUUACCUAAAGAAAAGGCAAUGUAUUAGGCAGGUGGGUGAGUUGGCACAGAAUAGGAUGGCUCUGUCUAUUGGAGUGAGAUGCAAUGAUGGCUUGUGAAAGUAAGUUGGAAGUACAGGAAGGGUUUAGAAGGUAUUUUGUACUGCUGGAGAGCUGUAACUGGAAAAGUUCUUGACACAGAUACAGAUAAGAAAGUAAUAAGGAAAAAUACCUGAAUGGCGGUUUCAUAUUUAGUCCCAGCAGGCCUAAACUGUUGAAGCAUGUUGUAUUAAUUAAUACGUUCAGUUUACAAAGAUUAAAGACCUGUCUUACAUAAUGGGUACCCUUUGUACUAGUUAACACCCACACAUUUCCUGACCACAGUUUGGGUUAAAGCCCCUGUGCUCGUGACUUCUAUAAUGGGUGCAGAUUAGUUCAAGUGGUAUGCUGGAGCUGGAGAAAUUACUUUUUUGCACAAUAUUGUUUUUACAAGAUUAGAUGUUUACAAGAUUAUUCUAGACAUACUGAAAUAAAUGUAAUAAAUUCACUCACAAAUACGUGUCAUUGAGUUUCUUUUAGUAUUUCUAAACUCAGCACUGUUGAGUAUUUAAUAGUUACAGAUGACAGAACUAGAGUAUGAAAGAGUAUUAGUGUUAAUUAAUAGAAGCAGCUAUUGGGUGAUUGAUAAUCAGAACUGCCUCCACCCGUUGUGUCACAAGUGGGCCGAAUGGCCUUUUAUUUGUGGAUUUUCUUAAGUUCUUAUAGUUUUGAGAUCAGCUACUAGGAACCUGACAGGAAUAAAUGGGCCAAAUGGCCUCCUCAUUCAUAACUGUUCUUAUGUCUGCUUAAUAACUGGCAGCCCACCCUGCUUCCUUUGAAACAUGCUGUGGCCCAAAUUAAAAUAAAAAGAUCAGGACUCAAGAACGACUGGGUUGGAUUCCCACACAGUGCAACGCUGGCCGCUGGGUUCUGUGUAAUUCUCUGAUGCCUGAAAGUUUUUGUUUCUCCUCUUGUGUAUGUGUGUUCCCUGCUCAGCGCUGCUGGCUCGCGGUUUUCGACUGCACCGGAGGCAGUUGGUGUUGUUUUUGUACAUUUUGAUACUAUGUAAAUGUUUUGUUUUGUUUUGUUAAAAAUCUGCUUUUCUGCUUUUU